AUGGCUCGCCGAUCCCAGGGUACCAAACUCCACUUAGCAGUUCUGUGUCUAGUUGUGUCCUGUCAUGCCAUUGGCCUUAGUGACCUAAUGGAGAGAGCUUCCCAGCGAUCAGACAAGCUUCACUCUCUCAGCACUUCCCUCAACAAGGACCUGGACUCUCAUUUCCCACCAAUGGGACGAGUGAUGAUGCCACGUCCGUCUAUGUGUCACACCUCCUCACUCCAGACACCCAAGGACAAGGAGCAAGCGCUCAGAGUAUCGGAGAAUGAGCUGAUCUCCCUGGCUCGCUCUCUCCUUCUGGCCUGGAAUGAUCCCCUGCUUCUGCUCUCCUCUGAGGCGCCCACUCUGCCACACCCCUCCAAUGGUGACAUCAGCAGUAAGAUCAGGGAACUGCAGGACUACUCCAAGAGCCUGGGAGACGGACUGGACAUACUGGUCAACAAGAUGGGCCCCUCCUCCCAGUACAUUUCUUCAAUGCCCUUCAAGGGUGGAGACCUCGGCAAUGACAAGACCUCCCGCCUCAUCAACUUCCACUUCCUUAUGUCCUGCUUCCGCAGGGACUCCCACAAAAUCGACAGUUUCCUCAAGGUCCUUCGAUGCCGGGCUACCAAAAUGCGACCAGAAACAUGUUAG